ACCGUCCAAUCAUAAUAGAUCGCCAUUUUGGAUAGAACAGUUCCAGAGAGAUAGGCACAAAGCUGAGAAUCCACCGCCAUCCUCCAUAAUUUCUGACGCUUUGUCAUAAGGCGUCAUGAGUGGGGGGAUUCCAUAUCUCGGCAGUAAAAUAAGCCUCAUUUCGAAGGCAGGAAUUCGUUAUGAGGGCAUUUUAUACACUAUUGAUCCCAAUGAGUCGACAGUUGCAUUAGCGAAAGUGAGAUCAUUUGGAACAGAGGACAGGCCAACAGAUCGUCCUGUGGCUCCGCGUGAUGAGAUAUUUGAAUAUAUCAUAUUUAGAGGCAGUGACAUCAAAGACCUUCAUGUCUGUGAGCCCCCAAAAGCACAACCUUUGCAAGCAUCUAUGCCACCGCAAGAUCCUGCCAUAGUUAAGUCCUCCCAGCCAACCUCAUCGGGGUUUCAACAGCAAAGUGGUGGCGGUGGUGGUUUUGGAGGAUCCAGCUACCAACCAUUUGGUGGUCCCCAGUUAUAUAGUCAGUAUGGUCAAGCACCAGGAACAGCUCCCCAGCCUUUUGGAGCUAUCCCAAAUCAGUCAGGUUCACGAGGUCCAUCUCCCAGUUUUAACCGUGCUUCUCCUACGGUGGAUCAGAGUAUUCAAGUGGGUUCUCAACAAGCUAUACGACGCCCUGAAAAGCAUGAGUUGGAAGACCAUGACAGUUUUGGUCUUGACUUAGAAGGAUCAAGAGGUCCAACUCCUCCAAGUGUUCAGUCCAGUCGCAAAUCUCCAACCCUUGAUCAGGGCACUCAGAUGAGUCCAGAGAAAUCACAGAAAAAUUCACACCAGCACAGUUCACAAAAUGCACAGAGCAGCAGUCAGCAUCCAAUGGGUGAUAGGUCACGGAAACACCAACAACAAAGGCCUCAGUCCUCCAACACAUACUCCAGGGGAGGAAGGGGAGGAUUUGAGAGGGGUGGCCCAAGGGGUGGAAGAGGAGCACCUCCAGAUAAACAUGCAUAUUUUGGAGGACCACCAAGGGGAAAUGCCUCACAAAGGGGACCCAACAGGGGUUUCCAGAGGGGACAGUCAUCACGGGGCAGGUAUCAGUCAAAUAGGAAAGUGGAAUCUCCCCUCAAAUUUGAGGGCGAGUUUGACUUUGAAGAGGCAAAUGCUCAGUUUGAUAAGGAUGAGAUUGAGAGGGAAUUAAAGGAGAAAUUAACAAUAGGUGAAAAGAAGGAUGAGAAGUCCGUCAAUGGGGACAAGGAAGAUAGUGUGGAAAAUGGAGAGGAUGAGGUUCCCGAAGAAGAGGAUGAGAUGUAUUAUGAUAAGAACAAAUCUUUUUUUGACAACAUUAGUUGUGAAGCAACAGAGCGUGCCAAAGGAAAGUCAACCCGCCCAAGUUGGAGAGAAGAACGCAAGUUAAAUGUUGAGACAUUUGGUAUGUCAGAUAAUCCUCGUCGUAACUUUAGAGGAAGAGGAAGGGGAUACUAUGGAGGGUUCAGAGGGAACAGAGGAGGAGGUGGUGGGUUCAGAAAUGACGGAUAUCGGUCUGAUAACUAUCGAGGCAAUUACAACAGAGGAUUCCGGGGAGGUUAUCGACCACCAUCUGGUAGGGGUGGAUCUGGUGGUGGCGGUGGUGGACGAAAUCAAGGAUGGGUGGACUACGAUUAUGAUUAUGAAGCAGCGGGUAUAGAGAGAAGAGGAAACAGUUACAAAAAAGCAGCAGCACAGUCAUAGAGAAAAUUGAAAAUAUGGGUAGAGUGUGAGAAGUAGGGGUCACAAGAAGGCAGCUGACAACAAUUAGACAUUGGAUAAGGACAGACUUGUGGAAGAUGGUGUUUUCAUGUACUGUCAAUUUUGUGAAUUUCCAAAGAGAAUCCCCUUUUGAAAACUUUGUGAUAUUUUUUUCUGGAUUUUCUUUUUUUUUCUUCAAAAUUUUGUAACUAUUGUCACCUGAAGAAGCAAUUUAGUAAGAGUGACAAACAGUUGCAAUCUGUGGACUUAGUGCUAGCUAACCAAAUGGCGCUAUAAAAUGUGUUAAGCUUCCAGAAAAGACUUGAAUGGACAGUAUGCAACAGUUGCACACACUGCUGUGUAUACAUAUGGUUUGUGUGGUUAAUGGAAAUAUUUGCAUUGUUAGAAAACAUGCUUGGGGCUUAAACAUGUUUUUCUGUUCUGCACGAGGAGGGCUGGUACAUGUAUUGCUGGUGGUCUUGUUACCAAGUACUCUAAAAUCUACUUUUCUAAUCUUAUUAAAAUUUGAUGUUCUUCAUCCACUAUGGCUUAUCAAACAUCUAACAACAACCCAUUCAGGUUUAUGUCAGAGUGUCCUUUUGAAUAGCCAGUGAAAUGGCCGCUGCUGAAAUCUUGGCUGGUAGUUCCAAUAUGUGUUUCUUUUGCACAGCUAAAUCUAAAAGCCCAGAGAGUUUCGUAGUAAACAAAAUUAUGGCAAAGGUGAUGGUGUGUAUGAAUGUUACAUGGGGGAUAUCUUGUAUAGUUUUUGCAUUUUCGUUUAAUAAUUCAGGAAAGAGUGAUGGAUGGGCAGACUAUACAUUAAAUUUAUGCCACAAUUAACUUGAAUCAACAUAAGACAGAACCAUUUAAAAAAGGUGGAAACUGAUUGGCCAGAAUUUUGAUUUUUAUUUGUAAUAGAAAGAUGCUCUCACGUGAGGCAGAAUGGAAUGUUGUUAGAUGUUUGUGAAGUGGUAGCAGAUUCAGAACAUUUAAUUUUAGUUAGAUGGUCUAUUUUUAGGAUUAAGACAGAACAAAAAUUCAUGACCUUAAUAAGCAGCAGCAAAUAAAUUUAAUUAUUUGCAAAAUUUGGAAAAAGGAUUAAUGUUACCGAAUUUAUGUUCACAAUUUUGGAGUAAAAAUUUUGUGUGAAUUUGUAACAUUGAUAAAUUCUACAUGAUUAUCUAUUGUACACAUUUCAGUUCAAAGUUCAAUAAAAUUCAACACAGUAUGAACAGAUUUAAAAUACCUGAACUAUUUGUAAAAUACUUUUCUUUUGUUAACUGUGAAGGCAAAAUGUGUAGCAAUACCUUUGUUUCUUAAUUGAUAUGAUAUUAGAAAAAGAAAUAGUGCGAUCAACAUGAUCAAAAUUUUAUCAUUGUUGCAAUAGUGCUUAUCUGAUCUACACAGCAUUUGCUUGGGUUAAAUGGUUAAAAAAAUCAGUGGUUGUACUGUAAAGUCUUUUGCUUUGUUAUUUGCAAUUUAAAUAGGCAGGGACUAUAAAUCCGUAAUUUACCAUUCUCUCUUAAGUAACGAGUAGUAUUUUCCCCUCCUUAUUUAUCAAUUGCUUUAUAUAUUUAUUGAAUCAAACCGUGUCAAUGAAUUACAUACAUAGUAUUUAAGUCUUUUCAUGCUAGCUAAAACCACAAUAUGUUGAAGGAUUAAACUUGUUUUUGCACCAAUAUCUGACUUAACCAUGAUGUAAGGACCUUGACAGUCCCUUUUUGAUUCUCAAAACAAUUCACUUAUGACGGUGAAAUCCAUUCUUUAUAAUUAAUGAAUCUGCAGGAUGUGAUGAAUUUGUUAGCCAUGGAAAUGAGAAUUCAAAAUAAAGAACAAAUGCAAUAUU